UAAACUAAGCCAUUCAUGUUCAAUGGUAGUGACAUCUACAAAAUCUUUGAGUCUAGCGACAUCUCACGUCAAAUUGAACAUUAUCGAAAACAUUUAGGUUAUUUUUAUAACAAUAAACCGUGUUUAGAUGCAAUAACAAAAAACUCUUUUAUUGAAAUGCUGUCGCUUAGAAAUGUUAUCACAAAGUUACAAGCAUAUUCGCAACAAGUAACGUAUUGUACAAAGGCUGUCACGGAAAAAAUCCAUCCAAUCAUUUCUAAAAGAAGUUAUGAAGAUGAAAAUUAUUUUUACCAAAGACCGCGCGAAGUAUGGCUAGAAAAUUUGGAUACCAUUGAAAGACAAAAGUUAGGACUUGUCUUUCUACAUCCCGACAUUUAUGGAGCAUCUCCUAGGAUAGAUAUAAUUCAUGAAAACAUACGCUGGCAAAGAAUGUAUCGCUUUGUGUGUUAUGCACAUACAAAAGUACGUUCAGAAGUAAGAGGUGGUGGCAGAAAACCAUGGCCACAAAAGGGACAAGGUCGUUCCCGUCAUUCAAGUAUACGUUCCCCAUUAUGGAGAGGUGGUGGUGUAGUACAUGGACCUAGAUCUCCUACAACUCAUUUUUACAUGCUUCCCUUUUAUACCCGAGUUGCUGGGCUUACAUCUACAUUGUCUGUUAAAUUAGCUCAAGAUGAUUUGUAUAUUGUUAAUGACUUGGAAAUUCCAUCCAAUAAACCAUCAUAUAUUGAACAACUAAUAGAAGAGCGACAUUGGGGACCUUCUGUGUUGUUUGUCGAUACUGAUGAUAUCAUGCCUGAAAACAUCUCAGAAGCAACUGACACAAUAAAGCAUGUAAAUUUAAUGCCUGUAUAUGGCCUGAAUGUCUACAGUAUGUUAAAACAUAAUACUUUGAUUCUUACUGAAAGAGCUGCACGUUUAAUUGAAGACAAAAUAUUGUACCAUUUACAUAGGCCAGAUUAUCAUAAAUUAAUGACAAAGUUUAAACUUAGCCAGCAAUAGAAAUUAAAAAAUAAAAGCAUGAAAUAUCAAUCUA